GUUGGAUUUGCGAAGUGGAUAUUUAGAACGAAGAUGAGCUGUAUUCCGGCAUCGCACAGUAUGACCCUCAUGGGGCAGGUGGAGCCGCCGCUGGAGGAGGCGAGCGAGAGGAGAGGGAGCAGAGCCUAUCAGAUCUUUCCGGAGGCCAACGACUCGGACUCGGACUCGUACCCGGAGGACUUCCUGUACCGUCGGGAGCGUCUGCCCUCCAUCGUGGUGGAGCCCACAGAGCAGAGCGAGGCGGAGAGCGGAGAGCUGCGCUGGCCCCCACGCACCGCCAGCUCAGAGGGAGAGGAGGAGGACAGCCAGCUUUCCCAGAGCACCACCGAGGGGGACACCGAGGACAUGGACCAAGGCUCCAGCUCCAGGAAGUCGUCCAUCGGUCCUUCCCAGAGUCAGAUGUCCCUCUCCAGGCUCACCCCUCCGGCCUCCCCGACCCCCCCAGAGUCCGCCCCGCCCUGCCUGCGGAGCUGAGGAACCACGGCGGCGUCAUCAUCAGCUGAUCCUCGGAGCUUGUUUGUUACCCGGGAGUUUGGGUUCACCUGUCUGUAGUGGUGUCCUCCUGUUCCUGUCGUGGACACUGUCAGUGGAGCAUCAGCAUUCACACUGCAAAUGAUGCUCACCUCCUGUACUAGACUCCAGGGGGCGCUCACCCUCACAAACCCUGGCAUGACAAUAGAGCUGUUUAGACAAUCUCUCUCUGUCAGUUGUUAGUAUUUAAAGCAUUAAAGGUCCAUACCAGAGUCCUGCACGGGUCUGAUUUUGACCUGCACCCCCUGAUUUUAUUAAAGUUAAACUCGCACUUGCCCAGACCCUUUAAUAUUCCACCCAUUACCCACCCAUGCCUGUACAACUUGAAAAGUUAUGACGUCGAGAAUUACAAUACACGAAAUGAAAUGAAACGGUUUAGCUUUCUUCCAAACGAACACGAAUUCACAGACGCGACUCAACUGUCAACACUUCACAGGCUUUAUUUACUGAGCAGAAGAAAUAUUGAUCGCACACGCCAUGGACUAAACCAGGACUAAACCAGGACUGACCCAGGACUAACCCAGAACUAAUUCCAGGACUAAACCAGGACUGAACAAUUUGGGUUUGGAACAUCCAUUACACAAUAGUCAAAAAUCUUACUGAUUUCUUGGAGACAGUCACAGACUAGGAACUAUGAAAGGCCUGCUAUUGCUCCUCCCCCCGGCGUUCUGAGAAAGCACAGGCUCCGCCCUCCAAACGUGACGUAGGCUCUGAGUGAGCCGCCCUUCCUCCGUCCAUCUCAGGGAGGGAGGGGGAGACAGACGUGCACCCUGAUAGCGGCAGGAAUAAACUAUUAUUCAUCAUGGUGAUACAGCGCGUUCAGCCGCAUGUGUUGGACCCAGAAUCGGGCGAGGACUUUGAGGAGCACAAAGCUCAAGCACCGCGUCCACAUCAGCUGAACAUUACUGAUUGGUAAAGUAUUAAUAAACACUAGUAGAUAAACUUAUUAUAUCAUGUUCACUGCAGUGUAGAAAAAUGAGCUUAUGCUGUCGCGUGGUGGAGGUGGGGUGGAGGCGGUGGAUGUGAAGCUCUUUCUGCUACGUCAAACGCGUCAUAGGUGUAGCUGCUGUGUCAUCGUUGUAGCAGCAUUAAUUUGUACACUGCAAUUUGUUAUAAAAACGCUGAAUCAAUCUAAAAACCACUUCAGCGACAUAUAUAAGGCCCACACAUCACUUUUAGAAGGUAGAAAGCUCUGAAAAGUUGAUUUUGCAUGAGAUGGGCCCUUUAAAUCCAAGAUUAGUCCUGACCUGCCCGUGUGUAAUCACUACUCGCCCGCAUACCCGCCUGUUAAAGUCCAGAACGUUAAAACCCACCCAUUUCAGCAGCUGUUUGCCCGUACCCGGUGCAGGACUCUGGUUCGUACACAAAGAGAUUUUAUGUUUGAACCAUGUUUUAUUUUGAUGCCGUUUCCUCAAACACACCUGGAGUAGCGAUGGUGUUGUCCUGCAUAUUUAGUGCAUCUUUCCUUCUUUCUCCUCACUGCUUUGCGCUCAUUUUUUGUCCAUGUAUUACAGACUUUUUAUAGGCCCUUCUGCUGGGAUCUUCUAUACACACACAUUUCACAUUUAAUUUAAGCUUUAAGACAGGGAUCAUUAAACUAACUUUAACAUUUUGGCAAAUAAUGACACAUCUGCAUCUUGUAUUUUGUUGAUUUUUCAAUUAAAAAAAAUUAUACUUAUAUGAUGUAUUUAUCUUUAUAUUUAAAUAAUUACAUGACGUAUUUACAUUUGCCCCUGAAUUUUCAUUACCUGACAAACUCGAGAUGCACGAGCAGAGGUCUGUAGUGCAGUAAAAGACAGAAAAAUGGUGAGUGUUAAAGUACGAAAAGUUGACAGAGAGUGCCGAGUUUUCAAAGAACAGCGGACAACCGAUUAUUUUUCAGUGUGGCUAUUUUAAAAGAUCUAUUUUAAAAUCUGCGUUGUCAGAUUCGUUCAAUUCUGUCAUACGGCCCCGACCUGACCCAGGCCCCCGUCACAGUCAGGAGCGAUAAUGUGGCCCCCAGAGGAAAAAGUCUGAUGACCUCUGUGGAUUUUGUGUUUUUCAGAUUAUAGAAUGUGAACGUUGCCAUGAAAUAUCCAAAAGAUAAAAGCACAAAUGUUGAAAUCUGCUUUUAACAGUAUUAUCUGCUCUCCAUCUGUUUUAAAUAUUAUUAUACAAUGACGUGAUAUCAUCUGCAACCCAGCAUUUGACCCAUUUAUUGUUUCCUGUUAUAUCACAGAAAGAAUAAAGUCUCAAAACUAGUAAAAAAACAAAACAAAUGCACAGUACAGAAUCUUUAGAGACACACGUAGAAGGACUUUUCUGAUCUGCUUCGUACUUUUUACUUCCCCUGCACUUUACACAACCACAGCAGGUUAAAUCAGUCUAUAAAACUGUUGUGUAUUUUUAUUUUAGCUCGUUUAGAUCAUGAAUUUCCUUUUUUGAUUUCAAGUGACAUUUCUGUAAAACCCCAAAAUGUUAUUUGAUUAAAGGAACACUAUGGUUGGGGUCUACCACCUGCUCUUCUCCGUGGAAAUAUUAUUACUUUGCCCUCAAUAUGGUUUUACAUUUUUAUAUCUCACAUUUUUUCUGUUGUUUGUCUCCGUGGAAACAGAUAACUUUAAUGCUAUGACAUGGAACAUUCCACACACAGAGAAAAAUAUCUCCAGAGAGAAGAGAAGGUUUCAGACCCUCAGACACAAACCGACAGGCAGAGGUGGGUAGUGCUCAGUUACUCAUUUUUUUGAGUAACUCUACAAUGAAUCUGUACUUUUCAGAGUACUUUUCGAAGCAGCAUUUUUUGACUCUUACUUGAGGAAUAUUUUUAUUGAAGUAACAGUAUUCUUACUUCAGUGAAAGUUUUGGUCACUCAAAAGUUUUCUGUCGACAAUAUGAAAUGAUUUGAACAUUUGUGUUUCUUGCACUGCUCAUGUGACUCGGCUUGUGUCUAUUCUUUCAAAAAUAGCAAAUUUGAUGCAUUAUUUAAUGUUUUGUCCUUAGACUUACGCUUAAACAAACUUUAUUGAUCCACAAGAGAAAUUAUUUGGACACAGUAGCUCACACAUCACAAUAUGAUAUCAUAACAAAGAGUGAAAAAUUCCACUUUAAGUCAGUUAUACUUUAAGUUACUUUUACUUGAGAAGUACUUUUUAAAACUACUUUUUUUGGCUACUCUACCCACCUCUGCCUGUAAGGAAAUUAAAACAUAUA